AUGCAACAAAGCAGUUGUCCUCAGGUUCAUGGUCUCUUCGCAGAUGCGAAGGAUCAAGCGUGCGAUCUGCGUGCUCGGUGUCAAGAAUACUGGUACAUCUUUCCGAUUAACAAAAUGUUCCCCAUAAAACGUGCGUACGGAUUCACUAGCCUGGUCCCGGAGGUGCUGCGUGCCGACAUCGCCUGGCCAGCCUUCAAUCAAGCGUCCUGGCCAAUCUUGGCGAGACCGCUGAUCGGCUAUAAGAUCGCGCCGCAUCAUGAAAAGCCACCGUACUCCUAUAUCGCUCUGAUCGCGAUGGCGAUCAACUCGUCGCCGAAGCGAAGGCUGACGCUUGCCGGCAUCUACAAGUUCAUCAUGGACAGGUUCCCCUACUACAGGGAGAACCGGCAAGGUUGGCAGAACAGCAUACGACACAACCUUAGCCUGAAUGAUUGCUUCGUGAAGGUACCGCGAGACCGGACGAGUACGGACGAUGGCGAAGGUCAUACAGUCGGAAAGGGAAGUUACUGGACCUUGGACCCGUCCGCCAGCGAAAUGUUCGAGCACGGCAAUUACAGGCGCAGGAGAACAAGACGACAGAGGGUACUCGCUCAUGAUAGAAGAUCGGAAGGAUUAUCGAUAUCAACCAAAUUCUUAUCCAAUUCGACGAAACUUCAAGAAGAACAACAAGAAAUCACUGAAACAAAUGAACAAAAUGUCAUGACGAAGGAUACCGAAAUCGAACGUAUAGAUUCUCCGGGACGUAUCACCAAAACGACGAUGUUCAGUAUCGACAACAUCCUACGGAAAUCCACACGAGAGUCGCAAUUAUAGUUUUAUGUAUUAUCGAAAUAUUAUAUAAUAUAACAUCAAUGGAACAUCUUGGCAUCGAGCAACAAUGUUAAAUAAGAAGAUUCGUUUUGAAACUGGAAAUCAAAUUUUCUUAUAUUAUAUGUGCAUUCACGAAUUAUAACUAGUUCUAUUUAUUGUGAAAUGUUUUUUUUAUUUUAGCAUAAAGAAUACACGACAUUAUACUGGAAGUUGGGGACUAAUAUACGUGUUUUAUAUAAUUUCUUCCACUCGCGCUAAUCCAGCGAACUAUUAAUAUAAACUACUACUACAUAACAUAGAUAUAAAUUUAUUAAAGUCUGACCGAAACUACAUUUUAAUCUCCGGUUAAAAUCGAAAAUGAAUAUUCAAUUGUCAUUCAAUUGUCGAAAACAAAACUGAAAUCGAAACUUAGAUAAG